GUUAUAAACGUCAAACCGCAUCAUUGCUAGUCCCGCCCAAAAGUCGGGUUUCGCGGCCGCCUGGAUCGAUUCUGAUUUUGCAGGCUCUGGAUACAUAAUUGAACGACUGUGGACACCUCGCCAUACAGCUAGGAUACCAUCAAUUAAUGAAAGCAAGGAAAGAAUGCUAUGUAUAUAAACAAGGUCCCCAGCAACGCGUUAUUGUUUCCUUCUUUUGUUUUACUGCCCAUCUUGCACGGAGAGCACUUCCACUAAGUUAGAAUGUCGUUCCAGGACCUGGGGCUUGACCCCAGGCUCCUGCGGGCGCUGGGCAAGCGCGGCUUCACCAAGCCGACCCCCGUUCAGCUUGAAGCUAUUCCAAAGACGCUAGAGGGAAAAGAUGUGGUCGCGCGGGCGAGGACUGGCAGUGGAAAGACGCUCGCUUACUUAUUGCCGACGCUCCACAAGAUUCUAACGACAGAAGAUGUGCGUGGGAGCUUCAGGGCCAUCAUCCUGGUGCCCACGCGCGAACUCUGUCAGCAGGUGGCUGAGGAGGCGGCAGCGACAGCUCAGCACUGCGGCGCUGACAUCACGGCCACGGCGCUCAUUGCGGAGGGCGGCCAGCAGCUCAAACGCGCCGUCGCCACCGCCGGCCACAUCGUGGUGUCCACACCGGGCAAGAUUGCCACCGCGCUGCGCGAGGGCCUGCUGCCUGCCGCGGCGCUGACCUCCCGCCUGGCUGUGCUGGUGCUGGACGAGGCGGACCUGCUGCUGAGCUACGGGUACGAGGAGGACCUGCAGCUGCUGGCGCCGCAGGUACCUCGCUCCUGCCAGUGCAUCCUCAUGUCCGCCACCAGCAGCGACGAUGUGGAGCGGCUGCAGAAGCUGGUGCUGCACAACCCCAUCACACUCAACCUGGCGGCGGCGGGCGCAGGGGCGGCGGGCACAGGCGCGGGCGCGGAGGAGGGCGUGGAGGGCGGCGGUGCGGCGGAGCGGGAUGGCGGCAGUCUGGCCUCGGGGUCGGGCAUCUCAGCCGACAUCCAGCACUUUUACAUGGAGUGCCCGCGGCCCGACAAGUUGCUUCACGUGAUGGCGCUGCUGCGGCUGGGGCUGUGCCGCAAGAAGGUCCUGCUGUUCGUGAACACGGUGGACGAGGGCGUGCGGCUGCGCCUGUUCCUGGAGGCCUUCGGCGUGCGGCCGGCGCUGCUGAACGCCGAGCUGCCGCUCAACUCGCGCUCCCAUAUCCUGUCCUCAUUCAACCGCGGCCUGUUUGAUUUCUUGAUCGCGACUGAUGACGUGUACGCGCCCUCACACGACCGCGGCGACGGCGCCGCGGCCGGCGCGGCGGCGGCCGGGGGCAAGAAGGCGGGGGCGCGGUUGGGCAAGGACGGCAGCGGCAAGCGGGGCGCAAAGGGCGGGGACGGAGCGCGCAAGGAUGCGGAGUUCGGCGUGACGCGCGGCAUUGACUUCAAGGGCGUGCGCACCGUGAUCAACUACGACCCGCCCUCCAGCCUGCAGGGCUACGUGCACCGAGUCGGCCGCACGGGCCGCGCCGGCGAGUCGGGCACUGCCAUCUCGCUGUUCACGCCGCAGCACUCGGAGCUCAAGUUCCGCAUGCAGCUGGAGGAGGCGCUGGAGGCCGCGGCGGAGGCGCGGAGGCGCCGAGCCGGCACCGCCGCGGGCGUGCGCGAGCCCGGCUUCCGAGCCGAGGGCGAGGACGACGACGACGACGGCGACUUGGCGGCCGCCGCAGGCGCUGACAGUGAUGAUGAGGGGGCUGGUGCUGGUGCUGGUGGGAAGGGCAGGGACGCGGCGUUGCGGCCGUACGGGCGGCUGAGCCAGGCGCAGGUUGAGGCGCUGCGGUACCGUGGGGAGGACGUGGCGCGGGGCAUCACCAAGGCGGUCAUCAAGGAGGCGCGAGCCAAGGAGCUCAAGAACGAGCUGCUCACCAGUGAGCGGCUGAAGGAGUACUUUGAGGACCACGCGGCGGAGAAGGCGCUGCUGCGGCACGACAAGCCGCUGGCCGCCGCGCCCGCCGCCGCGCACCUCAAGCACAUGCCCGCCUACCUCAAGGACCCCUCGCUCAUCACCGAGGCCAGCGAGGUGGGCGGCCGCAGGCAGCGCGCGCAGAUGAGCGCCGCGAAGAAGCGGCGGCUUCACUCGGGCAUGGCGCGGGGGCCGGCAGGAGACCCGCUCAAGGCGGCGGGAGGCGGCGGCGGUGCAGCGGGCGGCGCGGCGGCGGUGGAGAACGCGAGCGUGUUCGUGCGGGCUCCCAAGAAGGGCACCAGCCACCUGAACGAGGAGAUGACGGAGAUGGAGAAGCGGGCGCUGGAGAAGGGCAAGGCGGAGGCGAAGAAGCGGCGGAAGCUGGAGGGGCCGGCGCCGGUGCCCAAGUUCAACGUCAAGAAGAAGCGGCGGCGGUAAUAGAUGUGCGGGCAGGGGGUGGGCGGGGUGGCGUUAGGGGUGUUCGGUGGUGGCGUGGUGCUGGAGGCGUGGUGCUGGUGGAGGCUGGCUGUGGUGGCACAGGCAGAAGCGCUGAGGAACAGGGGGCGUGAUGUUGGGAUCAGUAAGGAUGAGGUGGAUACCACGGUUGGAUGCCGUGGAGGACGGAAUAGAGCGCUGCCGAAGAUGCUUAGAAGCGAACGCGCACGGCGUCUCUGGCUGCUGCAAGGGUCUUGCGAAACUGCCAGACCAGUCGGAAUGGUUUGCGACAGAGUCGCUGGUGUAACGGCAAGCUACG